GGGCACGCGCACUCGCCGCAGAAUAUCAUGGCCCUCCUCGCCACCGCGUCUGCACACACUUCCCCGGCCCCGACACUCCCCUUCACGACCCACUACCACCCCCCUACAUACCACCACCACCCCCUGCAUACCCAGCAUGUCGAGCAUCAAGAGAGUCUUCCACCGAGCCCGCGAAUCCAUCUCCUCCAAGGGCUCCGUCCGUGCAAAGACACCAGACUCUCCAGACGGCUCCAGUACACCAAGCAACGGACACGCGCAUCCUCUCCUCAACGGCCACGCAAAGGCCAACGGUGCGCCUACAACAGCAGAGGUCGACAGUACUAAUGCGGAGGGCAAGACAGCCGCGCAGCGGCAGCAAGAAGAGGCGGAGAUCCUGAAAACACACGAGCUGAGACGACCCUCGACGGAGGGAAGGAGGCGACUGUCGUUCACCGAGGAGAAGGUGCAGCGUGCACAUGAGCGCGAGAAGCACGACGAGCAGGAGGAGAGCGAGCGGAAGGAGCGCAGAAAACGCUGGCAUGACGAGGACCCGCUACGCGAUAACUACGGCGACCUCCCGCUCAACAUGUCCCAGGUCGAACUUCCGCCCGACCUGAACUCCCUCAUAUCCAUUGCGGACACGCCAGAAGGCGAGCACGUCAAGUUCCGUGCACGCGUACACCAUAUCCGACCUCUAGGCUCCAAGAUUGUUUUCCUCAUCUUCCGAUCGCAGCUCACGACUCUCCAAGGCGUGCUCAUCGAGGAGGAGGGGCAGGUCUCGCAGAAUAUGGUUCGCUGGGCGGAAGGCCUGAACCGCGAGUCCAUCGUCGUCGUUGAGGGCAUGGUUCAGAAACCAAAGGACGGCCAGGAGGAGGUGCAUUCGACAAGAGUGCACAAUCACGAAGUCAAGAUCGAGAAGCUGUUCGUGGUGACGGGUCCAGCAUCGACCUUGCCGUUCCAAGUGGAGGAUGCUGCACGGCCAGAAGAGUACUACCGCAGGGAAGGCGCUCACUUUCCCCGCGUGAACCAGAAGACACGUCUCGCAAAUCGCGUUCUUGACCUCCGCUCACCCGUCAAUCAAGCCAUCUUCCGUGUCCGCGCAGGCAUCUGCACGCUCUUCCGGGAGUACCUGCUCGCACACCAAUUCCUCGAGAUACAGUCGAGCAAGUUCCAGGAGAGCGGGACCGAGUCGGGCGCGGCGGUGUUCAAGGUGGACUACUUUCGGCGCCCGGCGUUCCUCGCGCAGAGCCCGCAGCUCGCGAAGCAGAUAUGCAUCGCGGCGGACAUGGAGCGCGUCUUCGAGAUCGGGCCCGUGUUCCGCGCGGAGAACUCGAACACGCAUAGGCACCUGACGGAGUUUACGGGGCUGGAUUUGGAGAUGCAGUUUGAUAACCAUUAUCAUGAGGUGCUGGACAUGCUUGAUGGGAUGCUCAAGUUCAUAUUCCGGGGCCUGCAGGAGAGGUUCCGAGAUGAGAUUGCGGUUGUGAAGACUCAGUUCCCGCAUGAGGACCUUGUGAUUCUGGACGAGACGCCGCGGAUCAAGUUUGCGGAUGGGAUCAAGAUGCUGAAGGAGGCGGGGUACACGGACGACGAUGGGGAGGAGCCGGACGAGUACGAGGACCUCACCACGAACGCGGAGCGACGCUUGGGUCAACUCGUCAAGGAAAGGUAUGGCGCGGACUACUACAUACUCGACAAGUUCCCGCUCGACGUGAGGCCGUUCUAUACGAUGCCGGAUCCGGAGGACGAUAAACUGUCGAACUCGUUCGAUAUAUUCUUGCGCGGUGAGGAGAUCCUCUCUGGUGGCCAGCGUGUCCACGUCGCUCCGAUGCUCGAGGAGCGUAUGAAGGCAGCUGGUGUCGACCCCGACCAGAUGAAGGACUACGUCAACGGCUUCAGGUGGGGUUGCCCGCCGCAUGGUGGAGGAGGGAUCGGUCUCGAGCGUGCCGCGAUGUUGUUCCUGAAGCUGGGCGACAUUCGCUAUGCGAGCCUUCUCCCGCGCGACCCGCGUAGCUUCGGCAGGUCUGGCCAAGAUCUGGCCGAGAUGUCGAUGGCAGCUGCGACGCACCAAAUCCUGCACGGACCAGAAGCCACAACGUACCAGGAAGGCAUUCCGCAUGGCGACUUGCCGCCGCUUGAGGAUCUCGUCGCGAAGUACGGGGACUCGACGAAUACGUCCUGGAUAGACCCCUCGUGGACAGUCUGGAGAGACCUCCGGACCGGUGCUGCCGUGGGCUACAUCCCGCAGAACGGGUUCGCGGUGGCGUUCGGAGACCCACUGUGUGACCAGAAGCAGACGCCGGGCGUCAUCGAGCGAUACCUCAAGUUCGUCCGUGGCGAGGGCCUCAAGCCGGUGUGGUGCUGCGUCGAGCACGACGUGGAGCGGUUCCUCGCGGAUAGCCUCGGAUGGAGCGCGAUCAUCGCCGUCGCGGAGGAGAGGCUGAACCCGACGGAGGUCGACCCCGCGAAUAACGACAAGACGGUGCGGAGGAAGAUACGCCGGGCGGAGAGGGAGGGCGUGAAGAUCGUGGAGGUGGACGGCGAGCCGGAGGGCAAGGCGCGGGAGAUGCUGGAGAAGAGGUGCAAGGAGUGGGAGGAGUCCCGGAAGGGGACGCAGAUCCACCUCACGGGUGUGCGACCGUGGGACGACGUGAAGCAUAGGAAGUACUUCUAUGCUCUGGAUGCAGAGGGAAACCCCUGUGCGAUGGUGGUGCUCGCACAGCUUGCGACAACACAUGGCUUCCAGAUCAAGUGGGCCCUCGAGUUCCCUGGCGCACCGCUCGGCGCGAUCGAGUACAUACUCUCGUAUGUCAUCAAGAAGCUCGGCGACGCCGGAGUGACGACUGCGACGUUCGGCGCGGGCGCGAUAGACCGCUUGCAGCGCGUGGAGAACGUCGGCGGGCUGCGCGUGCGGACGCUGGAGAAGACGUACAACGGGCUGAACUCAACGUUCAGCCUGGGCGGGAAGGGCGACUUCAGGCAGAAGUUUGGCGUGCAGCAAGAACCGCUGUACAUAUGCUACCCCAAGAGCGGCCUCGGUGUCAAGGGCAUCGAGGCUAUCAUGGGCGCGCUGCAGAAACCGAAGCCGUCAGAUACACCGGCGGACCAACGCGCCACGAAAACGUCGUCUUGAGGACGGAUCUUGGACCGCACUACGAUAGAAUGAUCUCCCCUUCGUUGCUUGGAUGCAUACCCGCUAUUUCUCUUUACGUUUCUUCUGCAGAUACACGCGGAUAGACGGGACCUGAUGCAUGAUGACGUCCUGGUUACCCUAAUUUUCUGUUGCGGAUACGAAUAUUUCUUUCUAUAGGACUCGUGUAUGUUUGGUCAUUGUGGAACAAGAUAUCAAUACUGAUAAUGUAGAGCACUGUAGUACAACUCACUGUUUUUCUGAUGUCCCAUGUUUGUGCAGAGUGCUAUCAGAGCCUGAUGGAGGAGACGUUGAAUGUAACUCACGAGCCAAA